AUGAGAUCAAGUUCCGCUUCUGCUACUGGCAGAGCCACCGCAAAGUCGAUACGAUUAACCUAUAAGGCGAUCCAGCAGAUCGCCAAGGCUCUGCGCCUGGAUGAACAGGACGAAGAUCUCAAAGCUUUCUACGCCAAACUAAUCGUCUACUGUACCAUAAUAGAGAGCCGCAUAAUCUCUGUUGGUGAAAGCGUUCUGGCACUGUCAAAAGAAAACCUUCAUACAUUGCUACUUCCCUUGAUGGGGAUAUCUACGGUCAGCCUAGAAGGGCUCGAUAAUACCUCUAUUGAUGUCUGGCUCCGGGACUUGGCUGAGAUGCAUGACGAGAUUUGGAGCAUCAAAGAUAACGCCUCGAAGAUCAAAAUUAUCCGAACACACCUAAACCUUGGAACGACACCUGGGGAACGUAGCAAAAUUGAAAAGUCCUUGGACAAAUGCGAAGAAGACCUCAGAGUCAGAUAUCCCGAGGACUCAUCUCAAUGGGCUGCAGAAGAUCUUGCUCCCCAGUUGAACAUCGGAGAACCGACCUAUGCCGUCUGCGGUGCUGCUCAAUCAAUAUUCAAGGCCAUGGUGGCAUGCAUGAACUGCGCUUGCAUACCAUCACACGAUUUAGGCGCUCGACUUUGCCUAGGCACUUAUAGAAAGCCCAAGCUCGAUUUAGAUAUUGAAAUGGAUGAAGUGGACUUCAACAUGUUUCUCUCUUCGCAGCAGGACUGGCAAGAAGUCAUUGUCCACACAACCAGGGAUAGGCAAGUCAAAGUGAUGUUUGACGAAAGCCACAAACCACCCCCCGAGGUCAAAUGCGUACCCGCAGUCAAGACUAUGAAAGUAAAGAAUCUUUGCGAGCAGAUUGCCAAGAUUAAGUCCAGGGCAUUAUACCGUCUCGUGUUCAAAGUUACCCGAAGCCAACUCUUCAAACUGCAAUCGGAGAGGAGUGGCAGCUCUAUCUGCAAAUCGCAAAAUGCUAUAUCGCUAGAUAAGCUUUUACGAAACAAAGCUGACUCUUUUACCGAGAGAACAAAACGAAUUUUGGCCGUUAUCCUAAGUUCUGCUGUCUUCCACCUUCACAAUACACCAUGGCUAGAAUCUGACUGGAACUCAUCCGAUAUUUGGUUCUUCCGUACAUCUUCGUCGGCAAUACCGCUGAAGCCGUUCUUACACAGGCCGCUUUCAACUCUUGACAAUCAGUGCGUCAAGGAUUGUGAUUCAAGUCUAGAAAAGGUCACCGACCCGGAUGACAUCGAUCCAGACGAUAUCGAUCCAGAUGAUAUGCUAAGUCAUGACUGUCCCGCCCUCGUCAUUCUGGCCAUAAUGCUGUUGGAGGUGUACUUCGUGGCACCCUUUGACAUCUUGGCUCAAAGGUUCAACGUUACUUUAGAAUCUGGCUCACAAUCGACUGCCUUCACAAGAUAUGUGGACGUCAACGGCGUAUUCCAAGCUUGUCAGAAAGAGAUUCCAGAGAACUCUCAGUUUUAUCUGGCAGUGGAGAACUGCUUGGAUCCAAAGGUGUGGCAAGACGAAGAAGGAAACAAACUUGACGAUCCAACAUUGAGAACCAGGAUCUAUAGCCAAGUGGUUUUACCACUGGAGACGGAACUUAGCCAGGCUUACAGCGAUAUUUGUAUCGAGGAUCUUGAUCGCUUUGCACAGGAUUUUAAUUUUGGGAGUUGGGGGCAAUCAGCUCAUGUGUGGAACCAACAAAACAGCGCUGAUACUACAGAAUCUCAUGAUCAUGUCACCGUAGCCCCAACCGCGCUUCGCCAAGAAUCACACGGGCUACCUUUACAGCUUCACAACACAGGUGACGAGUUUCGUGAUGGAAGAACCCAACAAGGCUCUUCAGCAAACAAGCGACGGUAUAGUCGCUCGCCCAGUGGAACUGAGGCUGAAAGCCUUAUGUCCGAUCUCCCGACUUUACCAGACGCACUGGUUUACCACUACUCAUCCUACACAGUCGGUAUUCUUUGUGCACUCCCUCUAGAGCUUCUAGCGGUACGAGCACUAUUAGAUACGAAGCACCAGAGCUCUAAGUACAUACGGGGAGACAGUAACACAUAUGCACUUGGGACAAUGAGCGAUCAUAUGGUAGUGGCAGCUUGCCUUUCAUCAGGCGAGUACGGAACGAAUGCGGCCGCUGACUCGGCGUCCAACAUGAAGCGAACGUUUCCCAACAUUGAGUUCUGUCUCCUUGUUGGUAUUGGAGGGGGUGCUCCUACGUAUGAGAGCGAUAUAAGAUUGGGUGAUGUGGUUGUGAGCCUACCAACAACUAGGUAUCCUGGCGUAAUUCAGUAUGACCGUGGCAAGGAGAUCGAAGGGAAUACUUUCGAACUUACAGGAAGUCUUCAUCCUCCUCCACGCUGUCUGAUGACUGCUAUUAGCUCUCUUCGAUCCAAUCCUGAUCUUCCUUCAAAUCCACUCCAAUCCUCUGUUGAGGAAGUCACCAGGCGGGUUCCGGAACCAUUGGCAUUCCAAUAUCAACAUCCUGGGCAGGACCAGGACUGGCUUCUGAAAGCUGUUUGUGCUGUCUGUCAGAGACAAGGGGAAUGUCCCAAUAGAGAUAGCCACCUAUUUAAACGACCACAUAGAUCGACAAGCCAACCGGAGAUUCAUUAUGGCCUCAUCGCAUCGGGGAACAGGGUUCUCAAAGACGCAAGUGUACGAGAUCGAUGGGCACAGGAAUAUGGCAUCUUGUGUUUCGAAAUGGAGGCAGCUGGGGUUAUGAAUACGUUUCCCUGUCUUGUUAUUCGUGGCAUUUGCGAUUAUGCCGAUUCUUAUAAAGACAAGAGAUGGCAACAUUAUGCAGCCGCAUCAGCGGCGGCUUAUGCAAAGUUACUACUAGGACAUACAGCUGCGAACAAUAGUGACUGGGGUAGAAAUAAGGAGGAAAAGGUAGUGCGGAUUCAUUACCAGAAUAUUCAGGAACGGUCUUCUAAGCGGCAAAGGUUUUGA